AUGAAUGAUCGUCACCGUUGCAUCCCUAAUCCCAGUUUAUCAUUUGAUUUUAUAAAUAAAUAUCCAUUGUUAAAAAAAUUAAUUAUUUGGUAUCAACGAGUUAGCAAUGAAAAUGAAGCUGAUGAAAAUAAAGAUAAAUUUUUAAACCAUUUUAUUGAUACUAUCACUGAUAAUUUGACAAAAUCGAAAAAUAAUUUUCGAUAUAGUAAUUCGAUUAAGAAUUUUGCUUUAUCGUUGUAUAUUUUAGGUGGUAAAUUGACCUAUGAAUUUCUUAGAUUAAAUUUACCUGGAUCUUUACCACAUCUAUCUUUAUUAAAUUCAUUGAUUUCAAGUUCAGAUUCAAGAAUCAGUGAAGGAGAAUUUAGAUUCGAUCAACUUCAAAAACAUUUUGAUAGUCUUAAUGUGCAAUAUGCAUUCGGCUCUGAAGAUUGUACUGGUAUAGUUAAAAGAAUUAAAUAUGAUUCAACAACAAAUACAUUUACUGGAUUUCCUUCAUUAUUUGCUCGUGGAGUGCCAAUUAAAUCAUAUUAUCAGACUGACUCAUUUGAUGCAUUAAAAUUAUGGUUCAAUUCAAUUGAUAAAGCAUCGUUAUUGAAUGUACAUAUGAUUCAGCCAGUGCAAUCCACAGAUAAUAGCAGCAUACCAAGUCCUUAUCUAUUAUCAGCAUAUGGAAUUGACAAUACUGCAACCGCGAACGAUAUAUUACAGAGAUGGUGGUAUAUAUUUAAUCAAUCCUUACAAAGAAAUAUCAGAAUCAUUGGUUUUUCUACUGACGCGGAUCCAAAAUAUCUACGUGCUAUGCGUUUAAUGAGCGGUUUUCUUGGAGCUCUUCCGAAUUUUCAAGUUCACCAGCACCCACAAGCAUUUCAAAUAAAAAUAAGAUCACACUGGUCUUGGUUUUAUCUUCGUGAACAACAAUUAUUAUUAUUUUUUCAAGAUCCGACCCAUUUGGUAACCAAAUGGCGUAAUCGUUUAUUAUCAGCAACAGCAGAAUUAUGUCUCGGAAAUCAGUCAAUAUCGAUCAAUCAUUUGCAUGAUAUUAUUGAAAAUGAUACUUAUUCUAAACUUGAUCAUGGUCUAACAAAAUCUGACAUUAACCCUAAAGAUCGUCAAAACUUUAGUUCUUGUUUGAAAUUAACAUCUAAUGAUCUAUUCAAUAUUUUAAAUGCUACUGCUGAUACUCGUGGAACCUUGCUUUAUUUUCAAGUGUUAAAAAUGAUUAUAGUAGCUUAUAUUGAAAAAACA